AUGGUCCAGGAAAGUUUCAUUAUAGCGUAAGUUAAUAUAACCCUUCUUUUUACUCCAAUUUUAGUAUUGACAACUCGGAAUGGAUGCGAAAUGGCGACAUGACUCCCACUCGCUUGCAAUGCCAGCAAGAGGCGGUCAAUUAUGUGAUCCGCACCAAACUGCGGGCCAAUCCGGAGAACGGGGUUGGUUUGUUGUCCAUGGCACCGUAAGUCGGUCGAAUUUUGUAUUUUUACUCAUGUUUAGGAAUGUUGAAGUGUUGUCGACCAUUACUCGUGAUGAUAGGAAACUGUUCACCAAGCUUCAUGAGGUUGUCGUCGGUGGAAAUUGCCGUCUCGUCAACGCCAUCAAAAUUGCUCAUCUGGCUUUGCGCCAUCGUCAAAAUCGCAACCACAAGAUGCGAAUCAUUGUGUUCAUUGGCUCCCCGAUCGAGGGAAUUCAACAAUCUGAGGUAUGAAAGAGUUUUUUUAUAAUUUUUGUUUAGUUUAGUUUGAUAAUUUUGAGACAUUAUUUUAGUUCAUCCGUCUGGCCAAGAAAUUGAAGAAGGAGAAGGUAAAUGUGGAUUUUGUCUGCUUUGGUGAGGCAAGUCAGAGCGAGAAUGACGAGAAGGUCCUUCAAGAAUUUGUGGACACUCUCAAUUCCAAGUGAGUUUUUAUUUUUCCAUUAUUUUUUUCUGAUUUUAGGGAUUCGCAGACCUCGAAUCUUUUGUCCGUAAACUCCGGUGGCAAGUUGACUGACGCCCUCGUGUCCUCACCAAUUUGUCAAGGAGAGGACGGGGCUAUUGGCGGAGGAGGAAUGGACUUUGGCAAUCUGGAAGAGGAGGAUCCAGAGCUGGCAUUGGCUCUUCGCGUCUCGUUGGAAGAACAACGUCAGCGUCAGCAGCGCGAAGCCGGAGAUGAAGCCCCUCCACAAGCCGAAGCUCAAAUGGAGGUCGAACAACCCGCUCCACAAGCGCCGGCCAAGGAGAGCGCUCCGGAACCGUCGAAACCCGCGGCCGCAGCUGAUGUGGAUUUCAACAACUUGACCGAGGAACAGCAGUUGGAGAUGGCGUUGAAGAUGUCGAUUCUUGAUGGUAAGGGGAUUUUUGCGGUCUAUUUGUCUUAUUGAAAAAAAUUUGGGUAGAUUCGGUCAUUUUUGAAGAUUCGAUUAUAUUACACAUGACACUUUUAAUAAAAAAAAGUCAAUUUUUAGAGCAGAAACAUCAUGAUAUCGCUCAGUUAUGUUGUAAAAUGAAAAUUUAUGGCUCUGUAGACCUGUUGCGAUGUUAUAUUUGACAAUCUAUUUUAUUUUUUCACCUAAACUUUCAAUUUUAGCUGCUCAACAAGACGAAAUGGACGUUGAUUCGAAUGUAAAUGAUGUGGUCACCGAUAGUGAUGUCCUUCAACAACUCGUCAACCAACUUCCCGACUCCAGCAAGGACAAGGACGAGAAGGAAAAGCCCAAGUCCGACUCCAAAUAA